AUGGCCACGACACUGGCUUCUGGAUACGUUACACUUCUCAAAACAUCCAUAGGCAGCGGAAUCCUUUCAUUUCCAUACCUAUUCAAAACGUAUGGAAUCCUCACAGGUAUUGCAUUAACAAUGAUAUCAGGCUUUUUCUCCGUGUUAGGCCUUAUUCUCUAUGCGAUUUGUAGUCAGGAACUAGGAAGAACGGCAACCUUAUCAAGGCUUGCUACAGAAAGCAUGCCAUACACAAGGAUAAUAGUAGACUUCUCAGUAUUUCUCAAGUGCUUUGGAGUUGCCCUUUCAUAUCUCAUAAUCACAAGGCAGCUUCUCCCUGUCCUGAUAGAAACAAUAUUCGGUGUUUCAAUGCUGUCAGAUCCAAACAUUUCUCUUUUGGCAUUUAUAUCGUGCAUAGGUCCCUUUGCCUAUUUUGACAAGCUUGAUAGACUCAAAUAUACCUCUUUCUGUGGAGUUAUUGCAAUAAUCGUAGUGGUCAUUGCAUCGUUUUACAGAUAUGAAUACACUCCUGUUUCCACAACAAUCAAAGUAGAGUACUUCGUUCCAUUUUCUUAUUCAUGGAUGGGCGGGUUUGGGAAGUUUGUGUUUUCAUUUACUUGCCACCAGAAUAUAUUUGCAAUCCACUCUGAGAUGGAAGAUAAUUCCUUCCCAAGAAUGAAGCGCCUCAUAUACAUGGUUGCUACAUCUGCUGCUGUGAUAUAUAUUUCUUUUGGGAUACUAAACUACCUUCUCUAUGGAGACAAGGUCAAGGACAAUGUCUUAGAAAACUAUCCAAACGACGUCCUGGCCUCAGUAGUAAGAGGACUUUACAUAGUGGUUAUGGGCGUCUCGUAUCCACUCCAGGUAAACCCUUGCAGAAACCACCUCAUAAACAUCAUUUCAUUCUCGCAGAACUCAAGAAAAAGGCUUCUAAGAUUCAUCGUCACAACAGGUAUUAUCAUAUCGACAUGUCUGCUAGCCGUCUCAGGAAUGGGUCUUGGGAUAAUAUACUCUGUCAUAGGUUCAACGGCCUCGACAUUCAUGUGCCUAAUAUUUCCUGCUCUUUUCUAUUUCAAUAUGAGCAUCACAAAGCCAAAGGGAUUGGUCAUCAUGUCCUAUUUGGCAUUCCUGUUUGGGGUCUUUGUCUUUACCACAUCCCUUUUCAGCACCAUACUUCGUAACAUUUAG